AUUUAUGUGUUUUUAGACCACCUCUGUCACAUGAUGCGGGUCGCGAGUGACUUCACGCUCUGUGUCAUGACUCAUGGCUGCGCGAGACAUAAACAUGACAGUUCUUCUGUAAUUCAGAGCACUGAACUAGUGCGAUGAUUAAAGCAGCCGCCAUAAUCUAUCAUUUUGCCUUGAGGUCCGCCAUAUGAACUCAGCUGGUCAGUGUUUAGUGCGCCAGGUGAAGUGAUAGCUGUGCUGUAGAUCACAGGAAGGAUCCGAUCAUGCAGACUGAAGCCGUGCUGGAGCUUCACGGCGGAUCACAGAGUUCCUGUAAGACAGGCUCCAAAUCCUGGCAGUACAGUGAUCUGAUGGAAAAAGUGGAUGGGUAUUUGAUGAAGUACACCAAUCUUGUGACUGGAUGGCAGUAUCGAUAUUUUGUGCUCAACAAUGAGGCAGGACUGCUGGAAUAUUUUGUGAAUGAGCAGUCAAGAAAUCAGAAGCCCAGGGGUUCGUUGCCGUUAGGCGGAGCAGUGAUUUCCCCCAGCGAUGAAGAUUCACACACCUUCACCGUCAAUGCCAUCAGCGGAGAGCAAUACAAACUCAGAGCCUCAGAUGCAAAGGAGCGACAGCACUGGGUCAGCCGACUGCAGAUCUGUGCGCAGCACCACACAGAGGCCAUGGGCAAAACAAACCCACCGCUCCAGACUCGCAGUCUCUCCAUGGCAUCUCAGGGCAGUGGCAGCUCUCCAGGAUCUCAACACACGAUCAACCAGAACUCAAACGCCCUGCUGGGCCUGUCCCAGCUGCAGCGUGGCUCAUCUCUUUACUCCAGCAGGAAGUCGCUACUGCCUGAUCACUUGCUGGAGGCCAGAGAGAUGCUCCUUCUUCAGAUGAUGAGCCAGGCGCAGGGCCAGCACAGAGACCUGAUCCAGAGUAUUGAGGGUCUGCCCUCCUCCCAGGGUCCCUCUCCCUUGGACCAAGACUUGCUGCUGCUGAAAGCUACUUCUUUGGCCACAAUGACCUGUCUCAGCGACUGCCUGCAUAUCCUGCAGCUCCAACAAGUGGCUCGGCAGAAACUUCCUCUCUGUGGCCCUGCACUUGAGUGGCUGGAGCCAAAACUUCCAGACAUCCUGAAGAAUGGAGGGACGCUACCCAGCAUCACCAAAGAUGAUGGCAAAACAGAGGGAACCAUUCUGGAACCUUUAGAAAUGGACUCAUGUGAUAUCGCUGGAGAGCAGGAGGAGAUUGAUGCCACACAGGAGGUAGAGGAUUCAACUCCGGCCGAGGAGGAGGAUCUGGGUGCUGUCGAAGAGGAGCGCAGCGUCAUUCUGCACCUCCUCUCUCAACUCAAACUGGGCAUGGACCUCACCAGGGUUGUCCUGCCUACCUUCAUUCUGGAGAAGCGCUCCUUGUUGGAAAUGUAUGCAGACUUCAUGUCCCAUCCAGACCUUUUCGUGGCCAUCACCGACGGCUCCAGCCCGCUAGACCGUAUGGUCCGAUUUGUGGAGUAUUACCUCACUUCCUUCCACGAAGGUCGCAAAGGUGCCAUUGCCAAGAAGCCCUACAACCCCAUCAUUGGAGAGACCUUCCACUGCUCUUGGAAAGUACCCAAAGCGACAAUGCCUCCAUCAGCAGUCCCAAAAGAAGGGACCUCAUGCGCAUCAGACUGCUACAAUGUCCGCUAUGUGGCUGAGCAGGUUUCCCAUCAUCCACCUGUGUCAGGCUUCUAUGCAGAAUGCCAGGAGAGACAGAUGUGUGUCAACACCCAUGUGUGGACCAAGAGCAAGUUCAUGGGCAUGUCCAUUGGCGUCACUAUGAUUGGAGAAGGUAAUCUACACCUAUUGGAGCAUGGUGAGGAAUACACCUUCAGUCUGCCCUCUGCUUACGCCCGCUCUAUCCUCACUGUACCCUGGGUGGAACUGGGAGGAAAGGUCAACGUCAACUGUGCCAAGACGGGCUACUCUGCAGUCAUCACCUUCCAGACAAAGCCGUUCUAUGGGGGCAAGCUACACAGAGUGAACGCAGAGGUCAAACACAACCCCACCAACUCCGUGGUGUGCCGAGUACAGGGUGAGUGGAACGGCGUGCUGGAGUUUACCUACACCAGCGGGGAGACACGUGUCGUAGACGUUACCAAACUCCCUGUCACCAGAAAACGAGUACGGCCCAAUGAGCUGCAAGGGCCCUACGAGUCUAGGCGACUGUGGCAGCAUGUGACAGAGUCUCUCAAGGAAAGAGAUAUGGAUAAAGCCACAGAACACAAGCGCUUCCUGGAAGAAAGGCAGAGGAAGGAGGAAAGGCAUCGCGCAGAGACACAGACAGCAUGGAGGACCAAAUACUUUGAGCGCAAAGGUGAAGACUGGGUGUAUUACCAACCACUGUGGAAAACGGCGACCCAUAGCUCUUCCCCAGUGUCCCCUCCACAAAACCCAUGACCUCUGACCUUUUAAGGCCUGAGUCUGGGAAUUGUACAGCCUCCUGCUGCAGUAUACCUCUGCUCCGGUGUUCGCUUUCUCACAGAUGAGGACACACUCUCUCCUUUGUAUGAUUCCUGAAACAUAACUUCAGUUUGAGUGUUUGAAACUCACGUUGUGGACUUGCGGGAUUGCACUCUGUUGUUCAUAUUUUGCAUCCUUUGGUGGUAGGAUUUUUGUAGAGCUACACAGUGAACGAUUUCUUCAAUCCGCACACAGAUAUUGUUUGUUGAUAUUGCCUUAACAAGUGUUGUAUGUAAAGAGGGCAGAGUACAGUGUGCCGGGGAAUUGUGUUUGAGGUGAACUGCUUAAUUUUACCAUACUGUGGUGUACUGUAUUUGACCACGGUAUGGUCAAAGUUUUCUGAUUCUUUUAAAAUCAUUAUUUAUUUGAUAUCAAAUGAAAUGCAGGAUUAGGGGGAAGGUGGGUGGAGUUGAAAAGGACAGGCGCUAGUUGCGUUGAUAACUGGCAAGAUGUGAGUUGUUAUUGCUCAUUGAGAUGUAGUUGGAGUGUUGAUGAGAAAGAAACCGUUGGCUUGGCUUUCGUGUUAUGCAGUCUUUUUCUCGUUCUCGGUUUGGUAAAUGAAGCUUGAAGGCACUAUACACAAAAUCUGGGCCGGAUGGAAGUGUCCGGGUUCAGGCCUGUUCGUCUGUUUCUGCUUGAUGGUCAGUGAACAAUUAUGUUGGCUUUAGUUUCAGAGAGAUUUUAAAUGGAUAGUUCACCCCCCAAAAGUUCUGUGAUCAUUUACUCACCCUCAUGUCAUUUAAAAUCUGUAGAACGUUCUUUCUUCCAUGGAUCACAGAUUUUUUCAUACAAUGAAAGUCAAUGGGGUCCAAAGGUUCUAAUGACAUAAGGGUGAAUAAAUGUAACCAAAUUGUCAAUUUUAGGUGAACUAUGCUUUUAAUGCGUAUGUUGAGCACUUUAACUGUUUAGACCUAGAAAAGAGCCAGCCUUAUAAUAUUCUCUAUUUGCAUAAAGUGUAAAUACAACUUGAUUAGACAGUAUUAUUGGAGAUACAGUAAACUCUGUCAAAAGUUCUGACAUACACCAAUCUGAUCUGUCAAUGUGAUGCAGUUUAAUUGAAUGACUUCGAACUGCUACGUUCCUCUUUGAUUGGCAUGGAUAACAUUGUUUUUUUAAAAGGGAUAAUUACCCAAAAAAUGAACAAUCUGACUCACCCUUAUGUUGUUCUUUGUAGUCCAUAUGACUUGUGCGCUACAUUAAAAAGUCAUCAUGUCAGAUUUCAGUCUUAAAUGUCAUUUGCUCUGUACAGUUCAAGAAUGGUGCAUUAGAUGCCUGUCAGACUAGAUUUCAGUCCUGCUGAGGAAAAAAUAACAUCAGCCUGGUUUUUAAGUGGCACUUUUCAGCUGGUCAGAUUGGAAGACUAUUAUAUGGUUUCAGAAGACUUUGUUGUAUACAAGUUUUAUAGAGCUGUUUUAUGGAGUCACAAUUCACUUUUCUUACAGUAGAGCAGCUUGGAUAUUCUGCCUAACAUCUCCUAUAGUAUUUUACAGAAAAUAAGAAACUAAUAUGGGCUUUGGAAUGACAUGAGGGUGAGUAAAUGAAGCCAGAAGUUUAAUUAUUGAGCAAACUCCUUUAGGCACAAUCAAGAUUCAUUGCUAAAGGUACAGAUUUUUAGUUAGCUGGAUAUGUCAGUAAUAGUUUUUUAUAAAAGUUUAAACCACAUCAAAUUUGAGGUUUCAGAGUUUUUGUGUUUAAACGCUUCAUUGUUCACAGUUGGAGUGACGGUGCUGGCUGAAGUGUGGCAUCUCUCAUAUAAUCUCAGCUUCAGCCCUGGCAUUGGUUGUGCUGAGAAACUUGUGGUGCCUUAUUUGUGUUAGUCUUCCUCCCGUUCCUCCUCACAGCCAUCAGCUUUCUCAUUAAAACAGAGUAAGACUGAAGCCACAGCCUUUGUACAGAUCUUCUUUCAUUUUCCUGUCAGCAAAAUACUGAAUUCCUACAAAGCGUUUGGUACAUCAGCUGUGCUCUCCACUCAAAUCACCAACUGCACUGAUGUUUUAAAUACACUUCCUGUAGCCUCAGCAAAACAUGAUUGAAAAAAAUAAAAUUGUUAAUAUAACGGA